AUGGCUGAGAUUGAGACUGAGAGUACUGGGGGCGGCGCCACCACCAGCCUGCUAAGGGCAGAGAGAGAUAGAGAGAGACCAAGAGAGCCAUGGAAGGGAGAGUUUGUGAAGAGCAUUGUGUAUGCCAGUCUUGAUGCCAUCGUCACUUGCUUCUCUCUCAUUUCAUCCAUCUCCGCUACCAGUCGCUCCUCAGGGGAUGUGUUGGUGCUGGGAUUUGCAAAUCUGGUUGCUGAUGGGAUAUCGAUGGGGUUUGGGGAUUAUGUAUCGAGCAGCACCGAGAAAGAUGUGGGUGUCAAAGAAAGGGCGGUGACUGAGUGGGAUAUCACCCACCAUAGCCGUAUUGAGCAGCAGGACUUGCUGAGGCAAUAUCAAGCACUUGGGAUGGACAUCAACGAUGCCACCAUGGUUGUGAACAUAUUUGCAAAAUACAAGGACAUCAUGGUGGGCGAGAAGAUGGUGGCUCAGAAAGGAAUGCGACAGCUGGACGAAGCAGACAAGCCAUGGAAGCAUGGCCUGGUCACCUUUGUGGCCUUCCUUGUGUUUGGGAGUGCCCCUCUCCUCUCAUUCAUCGUCCUUAUUCCAUUUACGCACAGUGACACUGUCAAGUUUGUUGGUGCAUGCGUCCUUUCUGCGCUGGCGCUUGCGCUGUUGGGGAUAGCCAAGGCCAAGAUUGCAGGCCAGAACUAUGCAUUCUCGGCAGUAAUGACUCUAUUCAAUGGGGCUAUAGCUGCAGCUGCCGCAUACACUCUGGGGUCAGUACUUACCAAUGUGGCCGGCCUAGAUGACUGA